ACCUUCAUGGGUACCUGGAAGUUAGUGGAGAGCAGGAAUUUCGAUGAAAACGUGAAGUCACUUGGUGUGGGUUUUGCUACCAAGCAGGCGGCCAAUAUGACCAAGCCUACCACAGUCAUCGAAGUGAAUGGGGAUACAAUCACCGUAAAAACCCAAAGUACCUUCAAGAAGAGGCAGGUCAGCUUCGAGCUGGGAGUGAAUUUCAAUGAGACAACAGCAGAUGACAGGAAGGUCAAGUCCAUCGUGAUGCUGGAUGGAGGCAAACUUGCCCACCAGCUGAAGUGGAAUGGACAAGAGACAACACUUGUACAGGAAACAGUUGAUGAGAAACUCAUCCUGCCACUCACCCACAGCAGUGCAGUUUGCCAUCGUACUUAUGAGGAAGGGGCACGACCUGUCCACUCCUUUACUGACUGCUCUUCUGCCAGUUGGCUACUCAUGGACUCGGCACCAGAUUGCCUCACUUUUCUCCCCUGGCAUUUUAUAUAA